UCAUGGCAUUUGAAUAGUCAGUGCUCCAGUUCCCCUUUUCCACUCGUAUCCGCCCCCUGGCCUCUGCCCUGAGGACGUCAUGCAGCAGGAGACGGGAAAGCAGAAACCAGGCUAAAUGAGGCGGAGCAGGGGAGACGCAGUAAUAGGAGGGGGGUCGCCCCCUGCUUCCCCUGGGUGCCUCCCAGGGCUCUGCUCAAAUAUCUGGUUCUGGAGGUGCACUACAGGGAUUCUUGCUGUUGUUGCGGUUUUGAUCUUGUGUAUUCACCUUGCGGUAAACUGCUCAUCAGCGAAAGGUUCUUCUGGCUGUCCUCCUCCAGAACCAUGCCCUGCCGACUGGCUGUACCACCAAGGGAAAUGUUAUUACUUCUCUGAAAAAGAAAAGGACUGGAACUCCAGUCAGAGCUUUUGUUCCUCACACAACAGCUCCCUAACUGUAAUUGAAAGCCAGCAGGAACUGAAAUUUAUAAUGAAAAUAACAAGGCAAGAUCCAUGGAUUGGACUUCGCAAGACAGGAGAAGAAUUCCAUUGGGUUGGCAGUAAAGGGUUCUGGAGAGUGUGCCUAUAUUGAAUCAGAUGUGGUCUCCAGUUCUGGAUGCUCAUUACCCAGGGGUUGGGUCUGUAAAAAAAGCUCUUAGCUCUGUGUACUCAUGCUUCACUCAGCCAAUUAAAGUAAAACGCAGGGUUCAACUGUCAGAGUUGAGGGCAACUGCAGCUGUAUUUCCCCUCAGUGAUCCAGCAAGGGCACCUAGUCUCAGGCUUGCUGCAUCGCUCUCCCUUCUGACUGGGGUAUUUCCAAGGCUGCACAGUUCCCUGUCUUUAUUGUGUUGUUCCCAGCACAGACAGGUUGGCCAAGGACACCUGCUUGCUUUCUCCUCUGAGACAGUUAACAAGUGUAAUUGCUACAGUUAUAAGAUACCACACAGCACUUCCUAUAACAGCCCACUUUAUUCUUAUGGUAAAAAUCAUUACGGAGAAAACAUUCAAAACAAUAAAAGACAUUACACACAUGCUACUAAGCUUCCCAGAAUUCACCCUCACAUGGAUUCUGGCAGGAGCAGUUCUUCCCUCCCCCCUAACCAACAGAUUCCUUGUGGUUACAAGUUCAUCACAGCUUCAGCUCAGAACAAGCUCAAUAGGGCCAGUCCUUCCAACCCUACCAGAAGGAUUGGGGCCUUCUGUGGACCAGAGGUCCUGUCUGUUUGCUGGAUCAGGAAGAAGGCCCUGAACUGGUUGAAAAUCAGGUUUUUUAUCCAAAAAUCUUUUUUUGUCUGUUGGUCCCUGGAGAGUCCAGUUUGAAAUAGUAGAGGCGCACUUUUCCGGGUGGUGGUGUCUCUCUGGAGAUAUUACAACCUGAGUGAAUGUACCUAAUUACCCCCUGCUGUUCUCUUAUUUAUCCAUCCCAUGGAGACACAUACAUUUCCGCAGUAAUACAGACAAAGUUACAUUUUAAUACGGUGGACCCCCAAAGGUAUUCACCUAUUUCAGUAAGGUCUAACUUAGUUCAAUAAAGUUCCUUCGGGAUAUUGUA